CUCGCCCGUCUCUCUCAGCUCUUUCUCUCCGAGAUAGGCGGCGCAGACACGGGCAGAGUGUGGGGGUAUAGGACAAGCAGAGAGCAGGGGGUAGAUAGUAGCGUGUGUGUGUAUGAGAGGCUGGCAGACGGCAUGGUCUGGGUGUGAGGACACACUCCGGGAGCCUCCAUGUAGAGCGACAUCACCUGGACCUGUCCAGCGUUCAGAGAAGCAACAGGCGGCAGGAGCGCUCCCAGCAGCUCCUCGUUUUUUACCCUUUUUUUUACCUUUUUUUUUUUUUUCUUCUUUUUGCGUUGUUUUGGGAGUGAGCUCCGGGCUGGACCGCAUGCAUGACACAACGCAAAGGCGAGAAACCCACCAUCAGCAUCCAAGAGCACAUGGCCAUUGACGUGUGCCCCGGUCCCAUCCAACCCAUCAAGCAGAUCUCCGACUACUUCCCCCGUUACCCGCGGGGCCUCCCCCCCACGGCGCCCCAGCCAGUGGGCCACGCCGGGCCCCUGCGCUCUGCCCUCUCCACGCCUGCGGCCGCCGCCGCCCCCCCAGAAAGUGAUCGCCCCAAUGAGGACAGCCCUGAACGGGCGUGUGCUGGAGCCUCCGCCUCCCUGCAGGCCGUCAGGAGGGACGAGGAGCCGGACGUGGAGGGAUACGACUCAGACGACUCCACCACACUGGGAACGUUGGAGUUCAGUUUGCAGUACGACCAGGAGAACAACGCGCUUCACUGCAACAUCAACAAAGCCAAGCUUCCUGUUCCCAGGUACAAAAAGGGGCUCAAACCGAUGGACCACAAUGGACUCUCGGAUCCUUACGUCAAACUGCACCUACUGCCUGGAGCCAGCAAGGCGAAUAAACUCAGAACCAAGACCCUGCACAACACACUCAACCCCGUCUGGAGCGAGACCCUGACCUACUACGGCAUCACCGACGAGGAUAUGGUCCGCAAAACUCUCAGGAUCUCAGUGUGUGAUGAGGACAAAUUUCGCCACAAUGAGUUUAUCGGGGAAACGCGGAUUCCCCUCAAGAAGCUGAAGCCCAACCAAGUCAAAAACUUCAACAACUGCCUGGAGAAACAGUUGCCAGUCAACAAGACAGAGGACAAGUCUCUGGAGGAACGGGGUCGGAUCAUGAUUUCCCUCAAGUACAACACCCAGAAGUCUUGCCUGGUUGUGGGCAUCAUACGCUGCGCUCACCUUGCUGCUAUGGACGCCAACGGCUUCUCUGACCCCUACGUCAAAACGUACCUGAAGCCUGACGAGAACAAAAAGUCGAAGCACAAGACUGCUGUGAAGAAGAAGACCCUCAAUCCUGAGUUCAAUGAGGAGUUCUGUUACGACAUAAAAUAUGCAGACCUCACUAAGAAGACUUUGGAGGUCACAGUGUGGGAUUAUGACAUAGGAAAAUCAAACGAUUUCAUCGGUGGAGUGUCUCUGGGCAUCAACGCGAACGGAGAGAGGCUCAAACAUUGGUUCGACUGCCUCAAAAACAAGGACAAAAAAAUCGAACGCUGGCACACGCUGACCAAUGAGUUACCCGGCUCAGUGAAUGACUGAAGGCCUGCACCCGAUCCGACCCCUCCACAUGCAUUUCCUCAGCUCUUCUCCGUUUUUCUCACGUCAGACAUCCAACUCCUCUCUUUGGGAAAACAUUUUCCUGUUGGGAAAACAUUUUCCUGUCAACAGGGCUCAAAUUAUGCUUUCCACAUCUUGUACAUUUAAAAACACAACUCGCACAGCUGCUGAUGUAUUCUCAUUUCCCGAGAUAUUGAGUCAACACGGAGAAUGAUGGCGGGGUUUGUGCUGUUGACUCGUUAGCUUUUCAGCUUUCUUGCAUGAUCAGUGAAGAUAAAAGAAGCAAAUGCUCUCUGUUUGAUGAGGCCUUUUACAGCAGCUGAAUAAAUUUCACCAAACAAAAAGCAGGAGAGAAACAAAACAUGUGAAAUAAAGCAGAAAUGUAGGCGGGAACGUGACUGAAAAACUAAGAGUAGCAAAUAUUUCCUAAUGUGCAUCGUAUCAAACUAACAUUUGCUUCUUUCUCACGUUUAGUGUUGUAAAGAUGAACUUGUGUGGGAAGAUGUUGCUGUUUAAUAUUGUUGAUUUAAGGUUUUACACAACAUACUGAGCAGUAGUAGUAGAGUCAUUUGAACAUUAACGAGUCAAUUUGACAGAAUAUUUAGGGUCAAAAUAUGGAAAUGAGACGGAAAUACAUGAUAAACACUUUGGUUGACUAAAACCUCUGGCAGAAACUUAACGUCCUUUUCUUGACAUGACAAAAAUUCAUAAUCUGUAGCUGCGUUUCCAUUACUCGUAUGCACAAAACUUUACAGAUAUUCUGCUAAUGUUGAAAAAACUAUAUUGCAA